CCCGCAAUCGUUAAGUCACGUAUAGAGCCGCUGCUUCUUUGUAAAAGGCUUAGCAGUGGCCAGAGUAGAAGAAUCGGCGGUGGCGUGAUCGGGCGAGUCUGCAAGGGAUCAGGCGUCUGUUGAUCCAAGUUGCUGCUGCCGACUCGCGAUUAUUUUUUUUUUGUGUUUCAAAAAAAAAAAAAAAAAAAUUGUUUUGGUUUGGAAGAGCAAAAUCCGGAAAUAUGGAUGAAAAUACCAACGAGAGCCAGCGGAUGCGUCAUCAAUCGGUGAGAUUUGCUGCCGGCGAAAGCUCGUCGACGACGUCAUCAUCUCAGCUUCUCUACUCUCCGCGCUGCAUGCCCAUCAAAUCGGCGCUGAAACAUUCCUCCUCCUCUUCUUCGGCUGCGUCCGGAUCAACCGAUUCGGGAUUCGCUGGCUCCGCUUUUGCCGACAACGAAGGCGAAGGCGAGAAUGAUAUGGUCGUGUUGGAUGCGGAUCGCCAAUCGGCCAUUCUGCGUCAGAAGGAAGAAGCCAAGAAGCGCCGAAGGAAGAAGAAGCGGACCGGAUCCAGCCUCUUCGCCUCAACUUUUAAGGAGCUCUACAAACUGACGGGCGAGUUUUUGGGGCAAGGCGCUUACGCCUCGGUUCAAACCUGUGUCAACAUUUGGACUGAUGUCGAGUACGCAGUCAAGAUAAUUGAAAAAGUGCCGGGGCAUAGCCGCGAUCGCGUUUUUAAAGAAGUGGAAACGUUCCACCACUGCCAGGGACAUCCCAACAUCAUCCAAUUGAUCGAAUUUUUCGAGGAGGAAGAUCGCUUCUAUUUGGUCUUUGAAAAGAUUUUGGGUGGCCCAUUGCUGUCGCACAUUCAACGACGCAUUCACUUCACCGAACACGAAGCCAGUUUGGUGCUUCGUGAUUUGGCUGCCGGCCUGCAAUUCCUGCAUAAGAAGGGCAUUGCUCACCGAGACCUCAAGCCGGAAAAUAUCCUUUGCGUCUAUCCCGACCGUCUGACGCCGGUCAAGAUCUGUGAUUUCGAUCUCGGUUCGGGCAUCAAGUUCAACUCGAACCUCAACUCGCCCAUCUCUACGCCGGAACUUCUUACUCCGGUGGGCAGUGCCGAAUUCAUGGCGCCCGAAGUUGUUGAUGCUUUCGUCGGCCACGUUAUCAACGGCUACGAUAAGCGAUGCGACUUGUGGUCGCUCGGCAUCGUCAUGUACAUCUUGCUUUGCGGCUAUCCCCCAUUCUACGGCCAUUGUGGGGCCGAUUGCGGAUGGGAACGUGGUGAAGCGUGCCAAUCGUGCCAGGGUUUGCUAUUUACCAGCAUUCAAGAGGGACGUUAUGAAUUUCCCGAACGCGAAUGGGCUCACAUUUCGCAUGAGGCCAAAGAGCUCAUCCGCGGACUGUUGGUGAAAGAGGCGCCACGUCGUCUGUCGGCUCAAUCUGUGCUCGAGCAUCCAUGGGUCAAGAAUGGUGGCCCGCGUACUCCUUUAAUUACUCCGCAAGUCAUUCGCAGGAACAAUAGUGCCCGGGAAUUGUCGGUGUUUGCAGAGAGCGCCAUGGCCGUCAAACGGGUGGUAAUGCAACAUUUCAGCAUGAAUUUGACCUUGGAAGCGAGACUGAGGAGUCUGGAUGAAGAUUCUGGUUUGGGCCAGGAAACCGAAGUCAUCGAGAUGGAUGUCGACAGUCAGUCGGUGGAGGACGAUACCAUUCAAUUCGGUCACUUGUCUCUCGAUUCGGAGAAUGUGGUCGUUCCCGUCAAAUCGUCAAUGAGUAGCGCGUCGAUGGACCACUCUGCACGCGGGGAAUCGCGCAAGAAAGUUACGUUCGGUUUGGCUCCGCCUACCGGCUCACGAUUGGCUCAGAGACGUUUAAAGUCGUGUCUUAGUCUGGACGCUCUGACUCCCAACGGCAAUUAAAGACAACUUUGACUGUCCCACCUUGUCUACGUCUACAACAACAACAACAAAAAAAAAACCAUGAUAAUUUUGCGUAUGACUUCUCUCCCUCCCGUCUCUUACCAAUGUUUCAGUUAUUUCUUUUUUUUUUUCGUCUAUUGCUUCCAUCACCCACAAAAAACUAAACAAAAAAAAAAAAAAUAACUACUUUUGUAAAUAUUUUGUAAAUAUGAAAAAACAACAAAAAAAAAACAACUUUAAUUGAGCUUUUUUAGUUUGAUCGUUUUUCCACAUGGUAUAUCGUUUGGCGGAAAAGACAAAAAAAAAUUCAUUCUUAGUCCUCGUUUUUUACCGUCCAAUUGAAUGGAAACCACAAAAUGCAAAGUUUCUUCCUUUUCCCUCCCCUUUCCCCACGAGUGACUCAGGUUUCAAUUGGCUCGGACGAUAAGGGGGUUUAAAUUUGUGUGUGAACAUUGGACAUAAUUAAUCUUUUAACAGUAGUAGGUUGUAGGCUCGGCCAUAUAUUUUCCUCUUUUUCUAUUUUGAUAUAUCGGGUCAUGAUUCAUAUCCCCCGCCUAACUUUUGGUGUUGGUCCGGUGCGAUUUCCGACUUUCCUUCUUCCUACCCCGACAGUUACGCGGUUUAUUAUGUAGCCAAUCGUUUUCUUAUUUUUCUCUAUUUUUGGGCAAAAAAAACAAAACAAAAACAUAAUUCAUCAUAUUGAUAUAUUUUAAUCACGUUCCCGGUUUUCUCUGUGUAACUGUCGAAGAGGCUGUUGUUAACACGACAUCAACGUGAUAUAUCUACAAAUGGGUGAUUGGAUUAUAACGAACGCGGGAGUUUCGGGUUGGCUUUUUUUCCUGUUUUUUUUCCUUGAAUCUUUGAAAAAACGAAUGUACGCUUGUCAUAGUGUGUGCGUGUUGUACACCUCCGAGUACAAAAGUGACUUAAAAGUUUUUCCAUUGCAUGGUGACCAUCACGAGAUGCGAAACGGAAGGUGUAAGAUGUGAUGAUUCUUCCUCGAAUUGGCAUGUUCUAUUAUAACAUCUUUCUGUUGAUGUCACGUAUGAUGAUCAUAUGUUCCCCAGUUUCUCCAUGUGUCCUUCUGGGAGAAGACACUACUGGUCUUGAAAUCGAGAUCCUAUUUAAAGCAACAAAAAUGUAAAAAGACGUAAAAAUACAAUUGGAUUUCAAACUCA